AUGCUCUACAGAAACAUCAUCAGCGGUGCUGUCACGGCCGUACCUGUCCUGGCCGGUCUUGUCCGUGGAGCACCACACGUGGCCAAUUACCCUGCUGCGCGUGCCGAGACGACUUCCACGCUUGCCUUGGAUAGCUGCAGCGGUGGAAAAGGCGAAACAAUCAACAUCAUCGUCCAGUACCCCGGCACCAUUGGCGUGACAAAGUCUGGCCAGCCAGGCUCUGACGACGGUUCCGGAAUUGGCUCUGGCCCAGGCACCCCCGCCGGCCAAAUUACCGUGCCGGGAAGUGACUCAACCAAUAACGGAAUCGGCAGCGCCGGAAAUGUUGGUGGCCUCAUUGCUUCCAACAACGGUGGCAGCGCGCGCGGCGACGUCAACACCAACACCGGUGGAACUGGAAAGAUUGGCGACAUCGAUGUCAAAGGCGGCAACAACUUUGCCAACGGUGGUAGCAGCAACGCUAAUGGUGGAAGCAACAGUAACAACAACAAUGCCAAUGCGAGCGGUGGAAGCAACGUCAACAACAACAACAACAACAACAACUACAACACUGUGAACAACACUAUUCAACUACCACCUGGCUACAUAGGUUCGCCCAAAGUCCUUACUUCCAUCUAUAUCGUCACCAGUGGUUCUGUGACUGCCACGCGCACCUCCACGCAAACCGUCGUGCCCCAGACCUCCGCCGCAACGACAAGCGUCCCGCUCAAGUCGGCUACCAGCACCACAUCGUCCAGCGCUGUUUCGAUGAGCUCGUCUACGAGCUCUGCCGCCUGCCCCCGGUCUACGUGCGCAGCGGGAGCAAUUGGUGCCUCGGCGCUCUCCGUCGUCAAGACGCUCAACGGAAUCGAGGGCCUCAUCAAGGCUGUCAUCAGCAUCUCUGACCCGGCCGCAGGCAGUCCAAAGGGUCAAGCCGCUGGCAAGCAGAUCGGAGACAGCAUCGCCGACAUUAUCACAGCCAUCUGGAACGCCAUCACCAUGCUCAAGGACGUUAAGCCAUUCGAUCUCGAGUGCGAUGCCACUGCCGUCUACUACGCCGCCGAAACAGCACUCGAGAGCUUCGAGGCACUCGCUGGCAUCGCAAUUGGCAAAGAAGGCGUCGGCGCGGCGGUGCCCAUCCUCGGCCCAAUCAUCACGUUUGGCUUGCGCGCCAUCGCUGCCCCUCUGGAAGCAAUUAUCGGUGCCGUGCUUGAGCUCAUUCCACAUUACAAGCUGUGUACCUCGGACAAGCUAGGCGACUACAAGGGCACUAUUGGCAAGGCAAUUGGCAACCCUGGUAAAGACUUUUGCUACAGGCCUAACGACUGUGCACUUGGAAAAAUCAGCGAGAGCGCCCAGAGCGUAGUUGACAUCCUUGACGACCUUGCCCGGGUCGGAAACGACAUUCUGGAUAUCAGCGUCACGGGGACCGUUGUUGAUACAGUGGCACUCGGUACGAAAGUUUUGGCCUUCCUCGGUCAAGUUGUCACCAAUAUCGGUACACUGACAAGCAUCAAGCCCUUCGAUGUGGCCUGCGAUGCAUACGCCAUCUCCACAGCAUUGACCAAGCUCACGGAUAUUAUUGGAAAAGUGGUGGACAUCAUUCAAAAGUUUGACCUCUACUGGAUCACUGGUUCUAUUGGUAACGGCAUCGUCGACACCAUCAAAAAUGUCGUUACUGGUCUUGUCAAAUCUGGCAUCAACAUCAUUCCGGCUCACGCUUGUACCGUACCCGCGAAGAUUGGGAGCGCCGCAGCGGCAGCUGCCAACGCCGCCAUUGCUCCCAGCCCUGCCGCUUGA